GCUAUACAUUCACAUUCUAUUAUAGGAGCUAAUGCUAAUGCAUCCCGCAGCUUAAUACGGACCUCUCGUUCGCUGCUCAUAAACAGCAAUCCGAUAGAGGAGAGGCACCGCUGAGAUCCUUCGCCAAUCUCGCCAUGAAACCUUGGACCGCCACCGUCUCCCUCCUCCUCGCCGCCGCCGUCGCCAUGGCCGCGGCUGUCGCCGCCGGAGAAGGCGGCGCAGCUAAUUACCUCGUCUUCGUCGACCCCCCGCCCUCCGGCGUCGUCUGCACCGCCUACCAGCUCUCCAUCCUCGCCGCCGCGCUCGGCAGCGAGGAGAAGGCGAAGGGGGCAAUCAUAUACAACUACAAGAACGUCGUGAGCGGGUUCUCGGCGAGGCUCACUCCGUCGGAGCUGGAGGCGGUUAAGAAGCAACCUCAGGUGAACCGGGUGCUACCGAGCGCGACAUUGUCGCUCAUGAGCAGCAACUUCGACGGCAUCAGCUGAUGAGAUCAAAACGAACGAUUUCGCUGGGAGAUCCGCUCGGUGUUUUUAAUUUUAAUUUCUCGUGCUUUCAUGUUCUUUUGCUGCGUGUAGGCGUGUGCUUUGGGUGAUUGUGUAGCACACUGAUUCAGCUUUUUUUUCUCCUUAAUUAAUCUUGUUUAAACUGCCGACGUGUGCUUAUCUCUGUACUAUGCAAUUCUACGCUGUACAAAUACUUGUCUAUUUAUGUGAAUGGAUAAUUAUAGACGAAUGCACAUAUGUUUUGGAGCUA